AUGAAGUGGUUAUUCUCAGCCCAUAAAGCAACCCGACGUGCCAUCAAUUUUCAGCAACCUCAACUGCAGCCUUCAUCCUUGUUUUCAAGUCGAUAUUAUAGUACUGAAUCCACCUACAGGUUAUCGAAGGAGCUUGAAAUAAUUUCAAGACAAACCAUAAAACCAACUUCUCCAACUCCACAUCAUCUAAGAACCUUCAAUCUCUCCAUUAUAGACCAAUAUAUGUACGAUGUCUACACCCCUUUGAUCUUAUUUUUUCCUAAUACCGACAACGCUAGCGUGAAGGAUGUAGUAACUAAAAGAUCAAAACAUCUCAAGGAGACUUUAGCUAAGGUUCUUACUCGAUUCUACCCUCUUGCUGGAAAAAUUAAGGACAAUAUGCAAAUCGAGUGCAACGAUGAAGGAAUCUAUUACAUAGAAGCAAGAGUCAACCAGAAGCUGCAAGACUUUCUAUGUCAUCCAGAUGAUGAAAAGGUUAGAGAGUUGACACCUGAAAGCCCUUGCACCGUGGAAUCUUCAGUAGGAAAUUAUGUCAUUGGUAUUCAGGUGAACUUUUUCCUUUGUGGUGGGAUUGGGAUUUCCGCAAGUGUGUCACACAAGAUCUUUGAUGGACACACAUUCUGCACGUUUAUGAAAGCGUGGGCCGUAGCUGCGAGAGGUUCAACAGAAACAAUUUCACCGAGUUUUGUGGCUUCUGAGAUCUUUCCAAACAAUCCUUGUUUAGUACAUGGCUCACUGUCUUCCAAGUUAUGGUCCACCAAAAUUCUUAGUACAAAAAGAUUUAUGUUUGAUUCAACGGCUUUGGCUUUGCUCAAGGCCCAACCGGUUGCCAUCCCCAACUCAAUAAAUGGACCAACCCGCAUGGAGGCGACAACUGCUGUAGUUUGGAAAGCUGUUGCAAAAGCAGCAUCAAAAGUAAGACCAUUUGGUCCACAAUCCCCUCAUGUGUUGUUAUCAGCGGUCAACUUUCGAAAAAGGGCAAUACCUCCUUUGCCCAAUGACUCAAUUGGAAACCUUAUUGGUGGAGCUGUUGCUAUAUGCUUUCCUGGGAGGCAACUGGACUUGCCAACCAUGAUGGGUGAGUUAAGAGAAUCAAUAGCAAAAAUCAACUCAGCUCACAUUGAUUCCCAAAAAGGAGAAAUGGGACAUGAGACCAUCAAUGAGAGAUUGAGAACAUUAAAUCAGAUAAUGGAUAUGAUAAAGGAAGGAAACGGCAUCAUAGCUUCGAGCUUAUUGAAUAUUGGAAUUUAUGACGUCGAUUUCGGAUGGGGAAAGCCAAUAUGGUUUUAUGCCAUGAACGCUGGAGGCGAUAGGUUAUUGAAUAUGAAUGAAACGCCGAAAGGUGAUGGUGUUGAAGCUAUACUCACAUUGAGUCAUGAAGAAAUGAAGAUAUUCGAGCAUGAUCCCGAGCUUCUGUCCUAUGCUACCAUCAACCCUAGUCCUCUUUGUUUUCUUAAAAAUUCAUAG